AAAAUCUGGUGAGGCACAUGAGAACACAUACAAAGGAGAAGCCAUAUAGCUGCAAGAUUUGCAAUAAGGCCUUUUCUGAGAGAAGUAAUCUUGUAAAGCACACAGUAGUACAUACAAAAGAGAAGCCAUAUAGCUGCGAGAUUUGCAACAAUACAUUCUCAUGGAGAAUUAGUUUGGUAAGGCACAUGAGAACACACACUAAGGAGAAGCCAUACAGUUGUGAAAUUUGUAACAAAGACUUCUCAAGGAAAUCUAAUGUAGCAAUUCAUAUGAGAGUACAUGCAACAGAGAAGCCAUACAAAUGUGAUAUUUGUAACAAGAACUUUCCGCAUAGAGCUAAUCUAGCGCGUCAUAGGAGAUUACACACAGAGGAGAAGCGAUACAGCUGUGAGAUUUGUAACAAAGGUUUUUUUCAGAAAUAUCGUCUAGAAAGUCACAUGAGAGUACAUACAAAAUAUGUGAAAAGUCAUGUAGUAAGGCAUAUGAGAGUGCAUACAAGGGAGAAACCAUACAGCUGUGAGAUUUGCAAUAAAGACUUCGCAGAAAAAUAUACUCUAGUAAACCACAUGAGAAUACACACAAAAGAGAUGCCAUACAGUUGCGACAUUUGCAAUAAAGCCUUCUCAUCAAAAAGUAGUCAAGUAAACCACAUGAGAGUUCAUACACAGGAGAAACCAUAUAACUGUGAGAUUUGCAAUAAGGCCUUCUAUGUGAAAAGUCAUGUAGUUAGGCAUAUGAGAGUGCAUACAAAAGAGAAACCAUAUAGUUGUGAGAUUUGCAAUAAAGAUUUCUCAGAAAAAUAUACUCUAGUAAUUCACAUGAGAAUACACACAAAAGAGAAGCCAUACAGCUGUGAGAUUUGCAAUAAGGCCUUCUCAUACAUACAUAGUCGAGUAAAGCACAUGAGAGUACAUACGAAGGAGAAGCCAUACAGCUGUGAGUUUUGCAAUAAGGGUUUCUCACAGAAAACUAGCCUAGUGAGACAUAUAAGAGUACAUACAAAGGAGAAGCCAUACUGCUGUGAGAUUUGUAAUAGGGCCUUUCCUUUGAAAGGUGGUUUAGUAGAGCAUAUGAGAGUACAUACAAAGGAUAAGCCAUAA